AAAAGAAAUACUAGAAAUCUAGGGAGAAUUUACUAUCGAUUCGGCUAGUGAUUAGAACCAACAUCAAUCGGAGCAAUUGAACGGUUAUCCUGUGGAAAGUGGUUGUAUAGUUCUAGAGGAUGAUGUUGUUUCCGGCAUUCAUAUUGCUGAUUUGCACUCUCUGUUCGGCCCAAGAUGAUGGAAAGUACAGACCGCCCACCACAACAACCACCAUUCGUCCCUUUCCUAGAUACAGUCCGUAUCGUCCGUAUGAUCCGUUUAAUCUGAAUAGAUCCUCGAACGAUGGUCGUUAUGUGGGUCAAAAUGACGGACGUUACAAAGGCAAAAAUGACGGGCGCUACCGUGGAGGAAACGAUGGACGGUAUGUUCCGGCAAAUGAUGGAAGAUACGUUCACGUUGAUAACAAAUAUCAACACAUCGAAGGCCCUGCUGGAUCUGGUGUCAGUAAUCAAGGGCCAUCUGGCCCGGGCUACCAGGGUUACAAGGGCAGUGGCAACCAAGCAUCGUUAGGUGCUGGUGGAACUGGUAAUCAAGGAUCGUCUGGAACAGGUACCCAAGGACUGACUGAUUCCAACGGUCAAAAGCCAGCAGGUGGCGAGGGUAAUUCUGCUUUACAAACCACUGUUCCUCCGCCUCCUCCCACACCGAGAGCUAAGCCACCGACGCCUGUACCAACGCUCGCUAGACAAGCUCAAGCGAGAAUUUCUAAUACGGUGAAUCCUGACGGGUGGAAAAUCAUUCGGUUAGAGAAUAAUGUACGAGGCAAUGGAUAUAACUAUAUAUUCGAAACACAGAAUGGCAUUAACGCUGAAGAGUCCGGACGAAUCGAAAGUGAUGCCCAAGGCGGAUCGGGGCUACGUUCCAAAGGAUUCUAUGAAUAUGUUGGUGACGAUGGUCAGCUGUACCGAGUAGAUUAUGUCGCCGAUUCUAACGGAUUUCUGCCACAGGGCGAUCACAUUCCGAAGGUACCACCAGCGAUCGAAAAGCUACUGAAAUAUCUGGCCAAUCAACCUAACUAGUGGAAAAUGGGACCGAAAAGCUGGAAUACAGUUCUAUCGAAUGUUUAUUCAGCUCCAUUGUUUCGUUUCAUUGACUAGAAUAAAUAUACCUACUUUCCAUUUAAUAUCAAACGUUCAUUAAAGUAAGCUUCCAAGCUCACCAGAUAAAUGCCUAAAGUUAGGCUUCACCGAUA